GGACACACUUCAGCACCGUGUUGGUGGACAGCUCCUCCAGUGCCCACAGACAAAAUGUGGUUCUCUCUGGUGCGCCUCGAUGCAGUUCCUGUGUGCGGCCGCUAGAGCGCACCUGGAGCUUCAACACAAAUGCCCUCACAUCAUAGCCGAAUGCGUCAACCACACGGUAACCAGCUAGGGGCAUCUCACCAGCACAAUCCCCGCCGUGUUCCCGGGGCCUAAAGCAACAGGAUACAGUCUGAGUAACAGAGCGCACAGGACGCAGCCUGGAGGACAAAGGUCAUUCACUUUCAUCCAAAGCCAUGGGGUACACACGCCUCUCAGCGAUGCUGUUGGUCACUAUGAUCCCCCUUGUUUCAGGUAUGAGCUUCAUGACUCCUGAGCCUGAUUCAACACCAACAUCAACCCCCGACUCGUACCCUCUGGGUGACCUGAUCCAUGCUGCUCUGCAGAGUAAAGAAUACUUAGGAGACUCUCCUGCAGGCACAGGCACCACAACUAAUCCGACUCAGGCCGUACCCGGGCUUGGGCAGACCGAGUCCACAGCGACGGUCAUAUCACCAGGGCUGCUAACCACGGCUUUAAGCUCCUCUUCUGCUGCCAGCCAGACAGGAUCCAGGAAUACCAUGUCCUCUCUGCCCGUAGAGGAGGAAACAACCACUACUCUGAUCACCACCACCACCAUUACCACCAUGCACAUGCCAGUGCAAUGCAACGCAACUUUGUCCGCAAUGGAAGAUGUUGUUGAGUCACCAGAUCCUGCAUCAACAUCAUCCUAUUCCCCGCUGGAGUGUACCUAUAGCAUCACUGUGUACUCAGGUUAUGGUGUGGAGAUUCAGGUGAGGAAGGUUAACCUCUCUAAGAAAGAGUCCCUGACGAUCAUGGGCUACGGCGGUUCAGGACUCGAGCUCCUCGCCAACGAGACCUUAAUGAGAGAGGGUCAAGUGAUCCGCAGCGCAACCAAUCAGGUGUACAUUCACUAUCGCAGUCUCCAGCAGAACAACCACGGCGUGUUCAGCCUCCACUAUCAAGCCUUCCUGCUGUCCUGCCAGUUCCCUCAGUCUCCUGAGAGCGGCGGAGUGACAGUGACAGACAUCCAUCCAGGAGGUCAGGCUCACUUCCACUGUGAUCCAGGUUUCCAGGUCCGCGGCCAUGAGUUGGCUACCUGUGUGAACACCACACAACCACAUUGGAGCACUCCGGAGCCUCAGUGUGUCGCUGUGUCUUGUGGAGGGUGGAUUCGUAAUGCAACAGUGGGCCGGAUUCUGUCUCCUCCUCCAUCUGUCAGCAACCACAGUAAUGGAAACAACCUGAGCUGCCACUGGUUAAUCGAAGCCAAAGAGGGGCACAGGCUCCAUUUGCACUUUGAGAGGAUUGCUCUGGAUGAAGAUGAUGAUAAGUUAAUCGUGCGAAGUGGAAACAGUUCCCUCUCUCCGCCGCUCUUUGACUCAGACCUGGAUGACGUCCCAGAGCGUGGGCUGCUGAGUGAGAGCGCCACGCUGCACCUAGAGCUCACCGCCGACUCUUCCUCCAUCCCUCUGCUGCUGGCGCUCCGAUACGAGGCGUUUGAUGAUGAGCACUGCUGGGAGCCCUACAUGCCCCACGGGAAUUUCAGCAGCAGUGACAUCACUUAUCAGCUGGGCACCACCGUCACCUUUGCCUGCUCUCCGGGCUUCGUCAUGGAACAAGGUUCAGCCACAAUUGAGUGUGUCGACCCGAGUAAUCCUCACUGGAAUGACAGCGAGCCUGUGUGCAAAGCUCUGUGUGGAGGAGAGCUGACUGAACCCUCGGGUACCAUCCUGUCUCCUGAUUGGCCACAGAGCUACUCCAAGGGCCUGGACUGUGUUUGGCAGAUCCACGGCAAUGAGGAGAAACGCAUUGAGCUUGAUGUCCAGAUUUUGAAUAUCCGCAACACUGAUGUGCUGACUGUUUUCGACGGACGGGAUCUCAUGUCGCAUGUGAUUGGACAAUUCCUGGGGUCCAGAGAGCGUUUCCAGAUUGUGUCUGGGGGGUCAGAGGUCACCAUUCAGUUUCAGAGUGACCCUGAUGAUUCCAGUUUCAUCCUGAGUCAGGGAUUCCUCAUUCAUUAUCGCGAGGUCGAGCCGAACGACACCUGCCCGACCCUCCCUCAGAUUGAGUUUGGCUGGAUCAGCUCGUCCCACUCCUCCCCGGUGAGAGGCAGCGUGCUGACCUAUCAGUGCCAGCCAGGGUAUGACAUCAGCGGCUCUGACAUCAUCACCUGCCAGUGGGAUCUAUCCUGGAGCAGCAGUCCACCUACAUGUGUGAAAGUCCAGCAGUGUCCUGAUCCAGGUGAGGUAGUGAACGGAGCUCGCUCGGUGCGCCCUGAAGCAGGUUUCGCAGUUGGGACGGUUGUUCGUUUCUCUUGUAAUCAGGGUUACCAACUGGAAGGUCCAAGUCAGAUCUCCUGCCACGGGCGGGACACUGGUACCCCCAAAUGGAGCGACCGCAGCCCAAAGUGUGUCUUAAAAUACGACCCGUGCCCGAACCCUGGAGUUCCCGACAACGGUUACCAGACUUUGUACAAGCACAGCUACCAGGCUGGAGAAACUCUGCGUUUCUUCUGUUAUGAGGGCUACGAGCUUAUCGGAGAGGUCAUUAUCAGCUGUGUUCCUGGUCACCCCUCUCAGUGGAACAGCCCGCCGCCAUUCUGCAAAGUGGCGUAUGAGGAGCUUCUGGACGAUCACAAAUUAGUCUCCCAGUCAUUCGAGCCGUCCCAUCAGAUCCUGAGUGAGAACAUCGCUUUGGCAAUCAUCUUGCCAAUAAUCCUGGUCAUCCUCCUGAUUGGAGGGAUUUACAUGUACUACACAAACAUUUGUAGGCUAGAGUGGAAGCCACUCUUCUGGAAAUCUCUCUCUCACACACACUCCUACAGUCCCAUCACAGUGGAGUCUGAUUUUAACAACCCUCUUUAUGAGGCAGGGGAUACACGGGAGUAUGAAGUGUCCAUUUAAAGGAUUGUACAUCUCGGUGAGAAUUAAAAACCACAGAAAGAUCAAAACCUUUUGGAAAACAAAUUUCUUAGUAUCAUAAGGCCUCACUCCCCUUGAAUCAUCCAUGUUUAUCUGUUUUCUUUUUUUACCAUGGUUUUAUCUUUACUUAUGAACCAUGGCAGUGUAUUAUUCUAAUUUGUUGCACUGAUGUGAUGGUCUGCCAAAUGUGGGUCCUACUUCACGGUCCAACUCUGUGUCAUUAGGACUGGUGCCUUAAGAGGGGUAACAAAUUCAAACAAAGAAAACCUGAACAGGGUGGGAGGAGCAGAUGAGGAGAAGAGGGUGAAGAGCUCUGGAUUUAUUUAUUACGUUAAAUUAUUCUAAGGCCAAAACAUCACAGAACUUGGCAAUACUUAAUUGGUAACUCUCUGAAGUUACAAUCAUGACCACACGGCACACACUGAAUGUUUUCCUUUCAUGUUUAGAUUUGCUCGUGUUGCAUUUUAUAAAAUGAAACCGUACGGGGAAAGAAUCAUUUCUUUUUAAUCAUGAUCCGCGCUCAUUCUCUUCAUCACUUUGUCUUUCUCUCUGUGUAACACAAAUACACACAUGCACACACUUACACACACAUACACAAAUUGAAUGUAAAUAUCUGACUUAAUAUUGAUUGAGGUUGAUAUAUAUGCUAAAUUAUAUAUAAACCUCAUAUAUACACUUCUACAAGGUGUGGGGAGGUUAUAUAUUUUCAUUAUAUGUAUGUAAUGAAAAUUCAGUGCCAAAAUAUAAUGUUAAAUAAUUUAAUGUCUUAAGUGUUUCAUCUGUUGUUGCAAUACUGUUUACAAAGGCAGUGUUUAUUUUAUUCUUCGCUGUUUCCGGAGUGCAUCGCCACCCAGUGUCACAUUACAUGUAGGACAAGGUGAGGUCAUGAAUGUCAUUAUGCUUAAAGCAUGCACUGAUUGUAAAUUAUAUUGCUUCUGCUCAAUCUCGCCAUUACCAUUAUUGUUAUUGACAGUUAUCAUUGUUAUCAGAUUUGAUGUUGUAUGCACUAUGUUGAUGAAAAUUACAAAUUUGGCUGCUUGCUGUGAUGCAUUCUGUAUUUAUUUAUAACUGAUUGUUUGAACAGUGAAUGUAGUUUCAUUCACUGUGCCAAAUGAAGGAUCCUGGAGACUGUUGCUUUGUAGAAUUAAUUCUUCUCUUAUCAUCAGUAGCAUUUCUUUGCUUCAUAUAUGAAUACACUCUUUUGAAGGCAGUAAACUAAUUGCUGAACUGGAAAUAAAGUCUCUGUUGAAUGGU